CCAAAUGCGUCCGAGCCUUCGUCGACUCACUGCUAAUGUGGAUUACAUACCAACUAUGCAUCCCAAUACACUCGGCCUCAACGGACCCGCAUCUUACCACACUAGCCCCACGUCAGCAGACAGUUGAUGACCGCACCGAACUAGAACUCCCGUGUGCAUGAUGGUCGCGCGAGGCUAUGGGUGCGACCAUGUCGACUUUUGAACACCAUCCCGAGAUCUCUUACCCAUAGGGUCCGAAAGACGAGGUACAAGUGAACGCGCAGUACCUCGGUGCUUGCGCGACGUCUCUGGCAUGCAACAUUGGUUCUAACCGAACCGUCGUAGAUUUUUCAUCAUACAGACACUACUGUUGUCAAUGAACAUUGUCAUGGGCGACAUACGAUGCAAACUCGGUCACUGGCGAAUUAACCUCGACAAGCCGGCCCUUCGUCAAACAGUACAUGGGCGGAUCUACCCAUAUGCAGGCAUGAACAUCGUCAGGUUAAUUCGGCAACGUUCGAGGACUGGUCACCCACCGCAUCAUGUCAAGCAACCGACAGAAGAGUGUUUACUUGCUCUUCGAGGGCUCAGCGCAGCCGCAUGCGGGGUAGGUGCAGGAGCCGCCGUUGGCCUGGACGUUCGCGCAGGUGGCCUUCUCCUGUCAACGUCUCUGCGUCAGGUCCUAUGCGAGCAUCAGAAUCGGACCUUCGAGAUACUCACAGACAUCGUGGAUGAUAAUGCGGUCGGGUGGUGUAUUGGUGAGUGGCUGUACUCGAGGACGUCUUUUAUACGUGCAGAUCCAUGCGCGACUGGAAGAAGUGGGUUGUGCAAGACCCGUACGAAGCGGCGGGCUUCACGGUUUGUCAGCCAUCCAAUGAAUCGAAUUCUACAUGAUCCCAGCUACGACCUUACUGAAAUCGCGUGCAGAGAUGAUCAACUGACGCCGCCCAUCACUUUGGGUGGCAUGCACUGGCAGCUGCCAGUGCCUCCAGGAACUCCGUGAUGAGGCAAGACAGGGCUAUCUCUGCCUCUUUCGGCCUCUGGAAAAUCAUCCUACAACUCAAUUGGAGUGCUGGAUAUCCUUAAGUAU